AUGGUUUCUGAAGGCCUGGCCCCUGCAGUGGCCUUCAAUGUGGAUGUGGCCUCGCCCUGGGUCACACCCAAGGAAGGGGCACUGUUUGUGCUCAGCUCCCUUCUGCACCAAGAUCCCAGGACCAACCAGACCUGGCUCCUGGUCACCAGUUCUAGAACCAAUAGGACAUCAAGGCCUCUGCAUCGAUGCUCCCUCAUCCGGGACGAAAUCUUUUGCCAACCUGUAGAGCAUGUCCCCAUCCCAAAGGGGAAGUACCAGGGAGUGACAGUUGUCCGGAACCACCAUAGUGUUCUGGUAUGCAUUCAAGUACCAGCCCGGCAGCCACACAGCCUCAGCUCAGAACUCACAGGCACUUGUAGCCUACUGGAUUCUGACCUCCAUCUUCAGGCCGAGGCCAACUUCCUUGACCUUGAAAGUAUCUUGGAUGUGGGUGUACAUGUGGAUGGUGGAACCUGCCACAGGAAGAAAGAAGGCAGCACGGGAGAGCAUGAGAUCACUGCCCGGCAUCGCAGGGCUCUGGAAGAGCCAGAGGAAGAAGAGGAGGAAGAGGAUGACACUGGCACUGAGAUUGCCAUCAUCCUGGAUGGCUCAGGAAGCAUUGAUCCCCCAGAUUUCCAGAGAGCCAAAGAUUUCAUCUCCAACAUGAUGAGGAACUUCUAUGAGAAGUGUUUUGAGUGCAGCUUUGCCCUGGUGCAGUACGGAGAAGUGAUCCAGACUGAGUUUGACCUUCGGGACAGCCAGGAUAUGACAGCCACCCUCGCCAAAGUCCAGAACAUUAUUCAAGUGGGGAAUCUCACCAGGACUGCCUCAGCUAUGCAGCACGUCUUAGAAAACAUCUUUACGCCAAGCCAUGGCUCCCGAAAAAAGGCAUCCAAGGUCAUGGUGGUGCUCACUGAUGGUGACAUAUUUGAGGACCCUCUGAACCUCACAACUGUCAUCAAUUCUCCCAAGAUGCAGGGUGUUGAGCGCUUUGCCAUUGGGGUGGGGAAGGCAUUUAGUAAGGCUAAGACGUACAUGGAGCUGAAGUUGAUUGCUUCAGACCCCGAUGAGACCCACGCUUUCAAGGUGACCAACUAUUCGGCUCUGGAUGGGCUGCUGAGCAAACUGCAGCACAACAUCAUUCGCAUGGAAGGUGCAGUUGGAGAUGCACUUCACUACCAGCUGGCACAAGUUGGCUUCAGUGCCCAGAUCCUGGACAAGGGGCAGGUGCUGCUCGGUGCCGUAGGGGCCUUUGACUGGUCUGGGGGCGCGCUGCUUUACAACACGAACACUCGCCAGGGCCGCUUCCUGAACCACACUGCGGUGGCAAACGCUGAGGCUGCGCAGUACGACUAUCUGGGUUACGCUGUGGCUGUGCUGCACAAGGCCUGUGGCCUCUCCUACGUUGCGGGGGCUCCACGGCACAAGCAACGUGGGGCAGUGUUUGAGCUCCAGAAAGAGAGCGGUGAGGCCAGUUUCCUGCCAACGCUGGAGGGAGAACAGAUGGGGUCCUAUUUUGGCUCUGAGCUGUGCCCUGUGGACAUUGACAUGGAUGGGACUACGGACCUCUUACUGGUGGCUGCUCCAUUUUACUACAUCCACAGAGAAGAAGGCAGAGUCUAUGUGUACCGUCUGAAUGAGCAGGAUGGUUCCUUCUCCUUGGCACACACGCUGAGUGGGCACCCUGGGUUCAUUGAUGCCCGCUUUGGCUUUGCCCUGGCAACUGUGGGGGACAUCAAUCAGGACCAGCUCACAGAUGUUGCCAUUGGGGCCCCUCUGGAGGGUUUUGGGGCAGAUGAUGGUGCCAGCUUCGGCAGCGUGUACAUCUACAAUGGACACUGGGGUGGCCUGUCUGCCAGCCCCUCGCAGAGGAUCCAAGCCUCAACAGUGGUCUCCGGACUCCAUUACUUUGGCACGUCCGUGGCUGGUGGCUUAGACUUCAGUGGUGACGGCCUUCCUGACAUCACUGUGGGCACUCUGGGCAGGGCAGCUGUGCUCCGCUCACAACCUGUGGUUCGCCUGUGGGUGUCCAUGACCUUCACCCCCUCUGCACUGCCCAUUGGUUUCAACAGCAGUGUGAAUGUGCGUUUGUGUUUUGAAGUCAGCUCUGCAACCACAGCCGCUGAGUCAGGCCUCAGAGAGACAUCUCUCAACUUCACGUUGGACGUAGAUGUGGAGAAGAAGAGGAAAAGGCUGCAGUGUUCAGACAUGAAAGCCUGCCUGAGCUCCCUCCGGGAGUGGAGCAGUGGGUCCCAUCUCUGUGAGCACCUCCUGCUCGUGCGCACAGAGGGAGAGCUCUGUGAGGAGGACUGCUUCUCUAACAUCAGCAUCAAGAUCAGCUACCAACUCCAGACCCCCACGGGAAGGAGGGACCAUCCCCGCCCCAUCUUGGACAAGUACACUGAGCCCUCUGCCAUCUUCCAGCUGCCCUAUGAGAAGGACUGCAAGAAUAAGCUGUUCUGUGUCGCUGAGCUACAGCUGACUACCACCCUCUCUCAGCAGGAAUUGGUGGUGGGUCUCACAAAGGAACUGACCAUGAACAUUAACCUAACUAAUGCUGGGGAAGAUUCCUAUAUGACAAGCAUGGUUCUGAAUUACCCCAGAAACUUACAGUUCAAGAGGAUACAAAAGCCUCCCUCUCCAAACGUCCAGUGUGAUGACCCUCAGCUGGUUGCUUCCAUCCUGGUCAUGAACUGCAAGAUUGGUCACCCCGUACUGAAGCGGUCAUCUGCAAAUGUUUCAGUAGUUUGGCAGCUAGAGGAGAACACCUUUCCAAACAGGACCGCAGACAUCACUGUGACUGUGACCAAUUCUAAUGAAAGAACGUCUUUGGCCAGAGAGACCCACAGCCUUCGAUUCAGACAUGCCUUUACUACAGUUCUUUCUAAACCAUUAGUAAUGUACAUGAACACAAGCCAGAAACUUUCGGAACACAAAGAAUUCCCCAUCACUAUACAUGGGGAAAAUCUCUUUGGAGCUGAAUUUCAGUUGCAAAUCUGCGUUCCGGUCAAAUUUUUAGGUCUCCAGAUUGUGAAAGUGAAGAACCUUAUGAAGACUCAGGCCUAUACUGUGUGCACCCGGAGAGAGGCGCUCACUUGUGGGAACAGUCCGGUUCAGCAUGUGGAAGAAUGGCAUUCGGUGAACUGUACCAUCACUUCAGAUAAAGAAAAUGUAACCGUGGCUGCAGAGAUCACCUUGGAUCAUGCUAAGCAGGUACUUGAGACUAUCACUGUCAUUUUCCUGAAAGAUGAAGAGUACCGUUUUUUGCCUGUCAUCAUUGGAAGCAGUGUUGGUGGCCUUCUGGUUUUGAUUGUGAUCAUUGUCAUCCUGUUCAAGUGUGGCUUUUUCAGAAGAAAAUAUAAACAGCUCAACUUGGAGAGCAUAAGGAAGACCCAGAUGAAAUCAGAGGAUCUGCUCACAGAAGAUUAGGAGUUGCUUCCUCAGCCCCGGGGAGAGACUGUCAACCAGUCCUUGAUAGUCUAGAAACUUGGUGUCCUUAUCCUGAUGAUUACUUUUUCUUAGGAUGAUCUAGAGUGCUGUCACACAAAUUGUUUAUAGAAUAUAUAUAUUUUUUAAGUGUACCUUGCCCCAAGGGUGCGUUGUGUAAAAAAUAAACUUGAGAAACA